GCGUACAACGCGGCAAAUUAGCGACCUCAGAAGAAAACCGAAAGUGUUGUCCCCGUCCUGCUGAUAGUCCGCCAUGUUCAAUCUACUUCAAGUCUGUGGUCGUAACUUACUCACACGCAGCACCGUUCAGGCUGGGAAUAAAAGGUUUUACUCAGCACAGAUGAGCAAAAAAGUAGCCGUGGUUUUGGCGGGCUGUGGGGUCUACGAUGGCAGCGAGAUCCACGAAGCCUCCGCCAUUUUGGUGCAUUUGAGCCGAGGAGGUGCAAGUGUUAACAUGUUCGCCCCCAACAUGGACCAGAUGCAUGUGGUGGAUCACCUGAAAGGUGAGCCCUCCCAGGAGAAGAGAAACGUGCUAGUGGAGAGCGCCAGGCUGGCUCGUGGAAACAUCCAAGACCUUUCCAAACUUAGCGUCAAAGACCAUGACGCCAUCAUCUUUCCAGGUGGUUUUGGGGCGGCAAAGAACCUCUGCACCUGGGCGGUGCAGGGCAAGGACUGUUCUGUCAACGCUGAGGUCAAGGCUGUGCUGGAGGCGUUCCGCAGUGAGGGCAAACCCAUCGGCCUCUGCUGCAUCUCGCCCGUCCUCGCCGCCAAAGUGUUCCCUGGUUGUGAGGUCACGGUCGGCCUAGAGGACAACGACAAGUACCCCAACACAACAGACACGGCCGCUGCAAUCAACCAACUGGGCUGCAAGCAUGUGAGCACGGCUGUGGGCCAGAGCCACGUGGACCAGACGAACAAGCUGAUCACCACCUGUGCUUUCAUGUGUGAUGCGCCCAUCCAUGAAGUGUUUGACGGAAUCGGCUCCAUGGUGCAGGGCGUGCUGAAGCGAGCUUGAUUGGUUCCGCUAAAGUAACUGCGUGCUGGUGUUUUAGCUAGCUUUAUUGGAAAUGCUAAAUAAAUAAUUUCCAAAUGCAAUAAAAUAGCACUUACUUGCUGUAACUAUAUAGCUAUUGCUCUCUAGAAUGAGUUGUAUCUCUGCGGAUUUGAAUGUUAGCUGCACAGUGGCUAUAUCUACUUGACAAUUGGCUAUUUUCAUUGCACGGUGUGGCUAUACUGUAUUUACACCCAACUACCACACGGAAGAAAACGUCAGACAAUAAAAACCUGUACUUUAUUCAUA